AUGGAGGCUGGAUUUUACAUGGUGGUUCUUACUUGCUUGCUCCUCGGGAACUCAGAAGGGUUUCAGAUUGUCCACGUACAGAAGCAACAGUGCCUUUACAAAAAUAAGAUGGUGGCCAUGGGCACAUGCAAUGGGACCAACCAAGACCAACAGUGGAUGUGGACUGAAAAUGACAAGCUCCUCCAUAUUAAAUCCACCCUUUGCCUGGGCAUCUCUAAUUCCUCUCGUGGCCCUCUCCGCACAGUCAUCUUGACCCAGUGCUCUCAGGCACCCCAAUGGACCUGUUAUGAGCAGGGAGGGCUCCUUGAGAUGGAGAAUACUUCUCUCUUUCUCAGGAAACAAGGCCCCAAGGUAACAGUCAAGAAGGACAAAAAGUACCCCCAUAGCUGGAUGAAAAUGGACGUCAAUGAGAAGGGAAAACUGGUCAAUGAGAGUCUCUGCUUGAAAACAGCUCACCUGGGAGCACAAGUUUCAGUGAGAAGCACUAGACACACCGAUCGUCCCCAAAUCCUUACUACUGCUACUGCAGUUACUUAUAGCAUGGAAAACCUUGUUAGGAAUGUCACAUUGGCCAUCAUGAAGAGUGCUGCAGAAAUCUACAGUCUAAGCAGCAGUGAGGCGCAGAGCCCCCGCCUACAGACAGCUGGGACCACAGAGACACCGUGGGUCCGAAGCACCACCCAGGCUUUCUCCAGCACCACUGCCCAGGCUGAAGUGGGAGAGCCAGUGAGAUGCAAUGUCACCGUGAUAGAGACCAGCGUCUCCAGCCGGUCCAUGUCUCUCCAGUGGAAAACUUUGGGGUCACCUUGUAACUUUAGCCUCAUCUCUAACAGUGACACCGCGUGGUGUUACCCCAUCCAGAUAGGCAACUUCACCUAUGAAUGUAACCAGAAGGAUCUGCAGCCGGGAACCGUCUAUAACCUCAGGAUUGUGUCUUUGGAUGGAGAAGAGACAACUGUGGUCUUACAAACAGAUCCUUUGCCUCCUCCUAGGUUUGAAGUCAACAGAGAGAAAACCACUUCAACCAGCUUAAGCGUUUGGUGGACUCCUUCUCCUGGGAAAGUUACCUGGUAUGAAGUACGCUUGUGUGAUGAUAACAACCAAAAGAUACAGGAGGCCCGAAUUCCGGAAAAUAGUUCCUCCACGGAAUUUACUUUUUUUAACCUCACUGCUGGUAAUAAAUAUAAUGUUGCCAUCACAGCUGUUUCUGGAGAGAAACGUUCCUCUAUAAUUUAUACCAAUGGAUCAACAGUGCCUUCUCCAGUGAAAGAUGUUGGUAUUGUUACAAAACCCAAUGCCCUCCUGAUUUCCUGGUCCCAUGGCUCUGGGAAUGUGGAGCAAUACCAGCUAAUGUUAAUGGAUAGAGGGAUUCUAGUUCACAGCGACACAGUGGACAAGCAUGCUACUUCCUACACUUUUCAUGGACUCACUCCUGGACACCUCUACAAUCUUUCAAUUGUGACUGAGGCUGCAGGACUGCAAAGCUACAAAUUGAAACUAAUCAGGACAGCCCCAAUGGAAGUCUCAAAUUUGAAGGUGACAAAUGAUGGCAGUUUGACCUCUCUCAAAGUCAAAUGGCAAAAACCUCUUGGAGAUGUGGAUUCCUACAACAUUACCCUGUCUCACCAAGGGACCGUCAGGGAAUCCAGAAUAUUAGCACCUCAGGUUACUGAAACUCACUUUAAAGAUUUAACCCCUGGACGCCUUUAUCAGGUCACCAUCAGCUCUAUCUCUGGAGAAUUUUCUACUCAGAAGAUGGCAGUUGGCAGAACAGUUCCAGAGAAAGUUGGGAAGCUGGAGGCGAAUAGCAAGAGUUGGACGAAGUCCCUCAUAGUGAGCUGGCUGCCCCCUGCUGGCGACUGGGAGCAGUACCGUAUUGUGCUCUUCAAUGAUUCUGUGGUGCUGCUCAACACCACUGUGGAAAAGGAGGAAACACAGUAUGUCCUGGACAAUAUAGGGCUCAUACCAGGAAGACAGUAUGAUAUAGAAGUCAUUGUUGAGAGUGGAAAUCUGAAGAAUUCGGAGCAUUGCCAAGGCAGAACAGUCCCCUCAGCUGUCCUCCAGCUUCGUGUCAAACAUGCCAAUGAAACCUCCCUGAGCAUCAUGUGGCAGACCCCUGUCGCCGAGUGGGAGAAGUACAUCAUUUCACUAGCUGAUGGGGACCUCUUGCUCAUCCACAAGUUGCUCUCCAAAGAUGCCAAAGAAUUCACUUUUACUGACCUGGUGCCUGGGCGAAAAUAUGUGGCUACAGUUGCUAGUAUCAGUGGAGACUUGAAAAAUCCAUCAUUAGUAAAAGGAAGAACAGUGCCUGCCCAAGUGACUGGCUUGCAUGUGGCCAACCAAGGGACCACCAGCAGUCUGUUUACUAACUGGACCCGAGCUCUGGGAGACAUUGAUUUCUACCAAGUUUUACUGAUCCAUGAAAACGUGGUCAUCAAAAAUGAAAGCGUCCCCAGUGACACCAGUCAAUACAGCUUCCACUCCCUCAAAUCUGGCAGCCUCUACUCCGUGGUGGUAACAACAGUUAGUGGAGGAAUCUCUUCACGACAAGCUGUGGUCGAGGGGAGAACAGUUCCUUCCAGCGUGAACGGGGUCACAGUGAACAAUUCCGGCCGUAAUGACUACCUCAGCAUUUCCUGGCUGCCAGCCUCCGGAGACGUGGAUAACUAUGUGGUGACACUCUCACAUGACAAGGUGGUUCAGUCCCUUCUAAUUCCAAAGUCUGUCAGUGAAUGUUCCUUCAGCUCCCUCACUCCAGGCCGCCUCUACAAUGUGACCAUAACCACCCAGAGUGGCAAGUAUGAAAAUCAUUCUUACAGCCAAGAACGGACAGUGCCUGACAAGGUCCAAGGAGUUAGUAUUAGCAACUCAGCCAGAAGUGACUAUUUAAAGGUAUCCUGGGUGCAUGCUACUGGAGACUUUGAUCAUUAUGAAGUCACCAUUAAAAACAAAAACAACUUCAUUCAAACCAAAAGCAUUCUCAAGUCUGAGAACGAGUGUGUCUUUGUUAAGCUAGUCCCUGGGCGAUUGUACAGUGUCACAGUUACAACAAAAAGUGGACAAUAUGAAGCCAGUGAACAAGGCAAUGGAAGAACAAUCCCUGAGCCAGUUAAGAAUUUAACACUGCGGAAUAGGAGUACCGAGGACCUGCAGGUAACCUGGACACUAGCUGAUGGGGAUGUCGACCAGUAUGAGAUCCAGCUGCUCUUCAAUGACAUGAAAGUAUUUCCUCCUUUUCACCUUGUAAAUACUGCAACUGAAUAUCUAUUCAGCUCCCUUACACCAGGGCGCCAGUACAAAAUCCUCGUUUUGACCAUCAGUGGAGAUGUACAGCAAUCAACCUUCAUUGAGGGCCUAACAGUUCCUAGUGCUGUCAAAAAUAUUCACAUCUCUCCCAAUGGGGCAACAGACAGCCUGACAGUAAACUGGACACCCGGUGGGGGAGAUGUUGAUUCCUACACAGUGACAGUGUUCAGGAAGAACCAGAAGGUCGAGUCCCAGACUAUCCCCAAACACGUCUAUGAGCACACGUUUCACAGACUGGAGGCUGGGGAGCAGUACCAGAUUGUGGUGACCUCCAUCAGCGGGUCCCUGACAAACCAGAUUGAUGCACUCGGGAGAACAUUUCCAGCAUCUGUCCAGGGAAUAGCUGCAGAUAAUGCAUACAGCAGUCAUUCCCUAAUAGUAAGUUGGCAAAAAGCUGCCGGUGUGUCCGAAAGAUAUGAUAUCCUGCUGCUAAAUGAAAACGGGAUUCUUCUGAGCAACACAUCAGAGCCAGCCACUGCAAAGCAACAUAAAUUUGAAGAUCUAACUCCAGGAAAGAAAUACAAGAUCCAGAUCCUAACAGUCAGCGGCAUUCUCUUUAGUAAAGAAGCCCAAACUGAAGGCCGGACAGUCCCGGCAGCUGUCACCAAUCUAAAGAUCACAGAGAAUUCCACCAGACACCUGUCCUUCAGCUGGACCACCUCAGAGGGAGAGCUCAACUGGUACAACAUCUUUCUGUAUAACCCAGAUCGGACUCUUCAGGAGAGAGCGCAAGUUGACCCUCAAGUGCAGAGCUUCUCUUUCCAGAACUUACUACAAGGCAGGAUGUACAAGAUGGUGAUUGUCACUCACAGUGGAGAGUUAUCUAAUGAGUCCUUCAUAUUUGGGAGAACAGUGCCAGCCUCUGUAAGUAACCUCAAAGGGUCCAAUCGGAACAUGACAGACAGCCUCUGGUUCAGCUGGACUCCAGCCUCUGGCGACUUCGACUAUUAUGAGCUGAUCCUCUACAACCCCAAUGGCACCAAGAAGGAGAACUGGAAAGACAGGCAUGUGACUGAAUGGAGUUUUCAUCGCCUCGUUCCUGGAAGGAAGUACACGCUGUGGGUGGUAACGCACAGUGGGGAUCUCACCAACGUGGUCACAGGGGAGAGCAGAACAGCCCCAAGUCCUCCCAGUUUUAUGAGAUUUACUGAUGUUGCAAACACAUCCCUGGUUAUUACCUGGAAGGUGCCCCCAGACUGGACAGACUAUGAUGACUUUGAAUUGCAGUGGUUGCCAAAAGACACACUCUCUGUCAUCAACCCCUACUUCAACAAAAAAUCAGAAGUACGCAUCGUGAACGGUCUUCGCCCAGGGAGAUCUUAUCAAUUCAGUGUCAAGACUGUCAGUGGCAAUUCUUGGAAAACCUACAGCAAACCAGUUUUUGGAUCCGUGAGGACAAGGCCAGACAAGAUACAAAACCUACAUUGCCGGCCUCAGAACUCAACUGCCAUCGCCUGUUCCUGGAUCCCUCCAGAUUCGGACUUUGAUGGGUAUAGCAUUGAGUGCCGGAAAAUGGACACACAAGAAGUUGAGUUUUCCAGAAAGCUGGAGAAAGAAAAAUCUUUGCUCAACAUCAUGAUGUUGGUACCCCAUAAGAGGUACCUGGUGUCCAUUAAGGUGCAGUCUGCCGGCAUGACCAGCGAGGUGGUUGAGGACAGCACCAUCACAAUGAUAGACCGGCCCCCUCCUCCACCUCCACACAUCCGUGUGAAUAAGAAGGACGUGCUCAUUAGCCAAUCUUCCAUCAACUUCACUUUCAACUGCAGCUGGUUCAGCGACACCAAUGGAGCAGUGAAAUACUUCACAGUGGUCGUGAGAGAGGCUGAUGGCAGUGACGAGCUGAAGCCGGAACCACAGCACCCUCUGCCUUCCUACCUGGAAUACAGGCACAAUGCCUCCAUUCGAGUGUAUCAGACGAAUUAUUUUGCAAGCAAAUGUGCUGAAAGUCCGGACGGCAACUAUAAAAGUUUUAACAUUAAACUUGGAGCAGAGAUGGAGAGCCUGGGUGGAAAAUGCGAUCUCCAUCAGCAAAAAUUUUGUGAUGGACCACUGAAGCCACGCACUGCCUACAGAAUCAGCAUUCGGGCUUUCACACAGCUGUUUGAUGAGAAUCUGAAGGAAUUCACCAAACCACUCUAUUCAGACACAUUUUUCUCUUUGCCUAUCACCACUGAGUCAGAGCCCUUGUUUGGAGUUAUUGAAGGUGUAAGUGCUGGCUUGUUCUUAAUUGGCAUGCUGGUGGCUGUCGCUGCCUUAUUCAUCUGCAGACAGAAAGUUAGCCAUGGCCGGGAAAGGCCCUCAGCUCGCUUGAGCAUCCGCAGGGACCGGCCUUUAUCUGUCCACUUGAACCUGGGCCCAAAAGGCAACCGGAAAACAUCUUGCCCAGUAAAAAUUAACCAGUUUGAAGGGCAUUUUAUGAAGCUACAGGCUGACUCCAACUACCUUCUAUCCAAGGAAUACGAGGACUUAAAGGACGUAGGUCGAAACCAAUCAUGUGACAUUGCACUCUUACCAGAGAAUAGAGGGAAAAAUCGAUAUAACAAUAUAUUGCCCUAUGAUGCCUCACGAGUGAAGCUGUCCAAUGUCGAUGAUGACCCUUGCUCCGACUACAUCAAUGCCAGCUACAUUCCUGGCAACAACUUCAGAAGAGAAUACAUUGCUACUCAAGGGCCACUUCCGGGCACCAAGGAUGACUUCUGGAAAAUGGCGUGGGAACAGAACGUUCACAAUAUUGUCAUGGUGACCCAGUGUGUCGAGAAGGGCCGCGUCAAGUGUGACCAUUACUGGCCAACAGACCAGGAUCCCCUCUACUAUGGAGACCUCAUCCUGCAGAUGAUCUCAGAGUCUGUGCUACCAGAGUGGACCAUCAGGGAGUUUAAGAUCUGCAGCGAGGAACAGCUCGACUCGCAAAGACUGAUCCGCCACUUUCACUUUACGGUGUGGCCAGACCACGGAGUCCCCGAGACCACCCAGUCCCUUAUCCAGUUUGUAAGAACCGUCAGAGACUAUGUCAACAGAACCCCAGGGAGCGGGCCCACUGUGGUGCACUGCAGUGCUGGCGUGGGUAGGACUGGGACGUUCAUUGCAUUGGACCGGAUCCUUCAGCAGCUAGACUCCAAAGACUCUGUGGACAUCUAUGGCGCAGUAAAUGACCUAAGACUUCACAGAGUUCACAUGGUCCAGACGGAGAGUCAGUAUGUAUACCUCCAUCAGUGUGUAAGAGAUGUCCUCAGAGCAAGAAAGUUACGGAGUGAACAAGAAAACCCCUUGUUUCCAAUCUAUGAAAAUGUGAAUCCAGAUUACCACAGAGUCCAGACAUUGGCAAGGCUGGACCAGGGCUGGAGGAUGUGCCUCAAGGUGGCUCUGUCACAGGUGGCUGAGAGGAGGUCUCAAUUUAGUACCAUAAGAAGUGAUAUUUAUAUUUAA